UUCUUUUGUGCACCUCUGCCGUUUCUAUCCACCAUCCCAAGGUCGGUAAUGGCGGGCUGCUUGGAUUGAGUUAGUUUCACGCGGACCCGAUGAAAAUGCGUGAUCAGUGACCAAAAUUUAGGCUAUUAAUCACAAUAUGGCCGCUGCGUGCAUAAUUCUUGACUCGGACGGUGAUGACGAAGUCAACUGCGGCUCGUGCGAGGCUCCUACCACGCCAGCGUGCGACAUUUCGCGGACUGGCGACGCAGUGCCGUUUGUGGAUUUGUGCAGUGAUGUCGAAGAAAACGACUGCGGCGAUCACCUGGCCGACGCCGCACCGUCGAAAGCCCAGCAAAAGUCAGCAUCAGAAGAACGCGGCAGCAAGGGCACGGUGACGAUGACGUCAACUCCUGCUGAGGCGGUCCCACAAACGAGCGUGAACAGCGGCAGGAGCAGCACCUCCGAAUGCGAGGUCCAUCGUGGCAGCCUGUGGGACAGCGACGAUGAGGAGCUGGCACCACUGUCAGCUAGGCUGCAGCCACAACAACCCAGCAGCAGUCUGCUAAAUAUGAAGACAAGCCUACAGGAUAUCAAGACAAGCUCACAAGAUAUGAAGACAAGCCCACAGGAUGUGAAAAUGAGCCAACAGAAUAUGAAGACAAGUCCUCUGAAACGGACCAUGGUGCACAGAAUUUCAGACAGUGAGGAUGAAGAUGGACUUCCAGAUCUGGGACAUGUAGUCAGCGCUUGUGUAGAAGCAGGGGUGACCGCUCGUCCUCCGAGCUUGAACGGUCAGCCUGUACCCGCAGUGACUGCGCCAGACACAGUUACUUAUGUGGAUGAAGAGAAUGUGGUGGAGCCGGCAUACACCCAGCUGAAGGCCAAGCGCGUGCGCAUCACUCCCGAGGAGCGGGAGGCCCGCCGUGCUGCCAAGGAGCUCGAGAAGCAGCGCAAGGCCAUGGCCACAGAAAUGGGGCGUGCCACCAAGCCAGGACAUUGCAUGAAGUACGUGUCAGUGGUGUUGGACUCCCGGCUUCUAGACGACGAGGCGUCCCUGCAGCUGCUGCGCGAGACUCUUGAGCAGGCGGAGAUCCGUGCUGAAAUCCAGACGCUGCCCGUGGAGCGUGCCGUCUGCUGGAGGCGCACCGCACUGUCCCUCAAUGAGGACGACUGCUUGUUGUCCAGGGAACAGAUGGAAGAGAGAGACGUCAUGGUUGUGCUUCCCUGGGACCAAUUCCUGCACCUGGUUGCGUCCCAGAGGCAGGACUCUUCAGCGAGGACCCAGACAUCUCUUAGUGAGCACAUGAUGAGCAUCGGUGAAGUCUACCCAAACAGGCAGCUCACCUACGUCGUCUACGGCCUCGAGAAGUACUUCAACGCACAUGUCAUUACGCAGCAGAAGAGUCGAGCAAAUGCCGAGUACCGUGCCCUGGUGCUGGGCUCCCAGCAGGCAGUUCGCAGGCGCAAGCCGGGAGUCUAUGAUGGAGUACCCCUCUCCCGCAAGGACAUCCAAGAGACGCUGGUGCCACUGCAGCUGGACAGUGGUGUGACCGUGGCCACCAAGGAAAGCACCGAGGAACUGGCCGAAUAUCUGGCCAAGUUCACCCGUGCUCUAGCUGAGCGGCCACACAGGGAGGCCAAGCAGAGUCGUCCACUGCAACACCUGGCCCCCGGCUCACUGUCCAAGCACGACAGCCUGCGGCGCACCUGGCAGGCGCAGCUGGAGCAGUUUGCCAGCGUCAGUCGAGACGUGGCUGAGGCCAUUGUGUGCCGCUACCCGGGGCCUAAGCUCCUCCUGCAGGCAUUUCAAGCAUGCAAGAAUCGUGCAGAAGGGGAAACGCUGCUGGCAGACAUCCAGGUGCGGAGAGGUGCGGGAGCGCUGCAGUCGACACGCCGCGUGGGCCCCGUCGUGUCGGGGCGAAUCUACCGUUUCUUUCUCGCGACAGACCAGCAUGCCUACUUCGAUUGAGUGGCAUUUGCUAUACGUGGGAGCGUAUAGCAAUCACUGCAGAAGCGGCUCACCUUUACGGCACUACAUUAAUGCACUGCUAUGUGCCUCCCGUUUUGCUGUAUUGCUCUUUCUGAAACUACCUAUGCUCCACUUCAUCAGUUCUGUGCAUUGCUGUGAUGGCUAGGGCUUGAGUCGGCCAAACAGUAACAAGAGCCAGCUGUGUUUUACAGCAGGGACGAGGACUUGUUCCUUGUGCGCCACUGAAUCUUUCACGAAGCUUCCAUUCACUCAGUGUCGUGCAGGGAGUGAUCAGAGGUGGACAAUGGGCGUCGUAUCAGUGUAUGUCAGCUGCAUGCAGAGCAUCUUGUCAUUGAAUGGUGUUUUGCAGUGAUAGCUUGCUUUUAUGUAAGUGGGGCAGCAAGUGUAUAUAGCUAUGUAAAUACUUAGCUAGCAAAAUGCAGAAUUAUGCAUCCGUAAUUUGUGCAGUGUCAUACAUUUCCCUUCUUUUUCUAAGGAAAAAAAAGGAAUGAGGUAAUCACGAGUUAUGCAUACUAAGCUGAGGAAUUCUAUCUUUCGGAACCUCUCAGGCAGGCCUCGAUUUGGGCAUAAGCAGGACAUUGUAAUUUUUAUUUUUAGCAAUUCAUAUUUUAGAUUAAAAUUUUUAUGAUUUUGGCUGUAUCUUAAUCUGCUUCAUGGCGUUUUAUAUUCUUGUAUAUAUAUAUGUAUAUAUUCCUUAUAUUCUUUUAACAUGAUUUCUUAAAAUUGUGGGGUUGAUAUUUUACAUACAGUAGUGACAAUAUCAAUACUGGAGCAGAUAGUUUAAACUCAUGCUGUGAAUUCUUGUAUUGAAACUAAUUUUCUCUUGUGACUGUGCAUCCAUUGACUUGCCCAUUUAUUUUGGUGUAAAUAAAGCUUUCUAUAUGUGUAA